AUGAGUUUAGAAGAUACUUUAGCCAACUUAUCGAUCUAUGAUGCCAAGAAAUAUUUUCGUAAAGCACAAAAUGCUGUUUUUAACUUGACAGAAAUGGAAGGCAAGGUUAGAGAGGCUACAAAUAAUGAGCCAUGGGGUGCUUCAUCCACAUUAAUGGAACAGAUUGCACAAGGGACAUUUAAUUUCCGUGAAAGAGAAGAAAUCAUCGGGAUGAUCUUUAAAAGGUUUACUGAAAAGACAGGCAGUGAAUGGAGACAGAUUUACAAAGCCUUACAAUUAUUGGAGUAUUUGGUUAAACAUGGUUCAGAGAAAUUUAUCGACGAUGUCAGAAGCAGUCUCAGGAUUGUGAAGAUGUUAGAAGAUUUUCAUUAUAUAGAUUCGCAAGGUAGAGACCAAGGAAUUAACGUAAGAAACAGAGCCAAGGCUAUGGUAUUAUUAUUACAAGACGACAACCAAUUGAGAGUGGAGAGGAAGAAGGCAAGAGAGACAGCUAACAAAUAUAAAGGAGUAGUUGGCGGUGGUGGUGCUAACGCUAUGAAUCCUAGAGCAGGUUUUUCGAAAUCUACAUCACGUGGUAUUAGUGUUAGUGCAGAUUUUGACAGUGAUGAUGAUGACGGUGACCAACCACCUAAAUGUUUACCUAAAUUAGAUAACGUGGAUAAAUAUGAGAAGUUUACUUUCAAAGAUGAAGAGCCAUUACAAUCACAACCAGCAAAUAAUAAUCAAUCUAAUUCUGUAAAUGAUAAUAAUGGAGUUAGCAAUAAAAUGGAUAUUGGAGGCAAUAAUAGCAAUGAGGAAAGUGAUGAUGAUGAUGAUGAUGACGACGAUGAUUUUACAGAAUUUCAAACUGCUGAACCAGUAAUUAAUACUACUGCUAAUAAUAAUAAUAACAACAACAAUAACAAUACAUUGGAAUCUUUGAACUUUAAUGCUCCGAUGACAACAAAUGCAACAAAUUAUAACUCUAUGGUAAACUCGCUGAAUAGUGGUGUUGUACCAGCUAUUCAACAGAUUUCACAACAACAAAAUAAAGCAAAUGACCCAUUUAGUUCAUUAUUCAAUGCAGCUAAAGAGACCAAAAAUGAUAUAAUUACCCCUAACUCUACCAGUAAUGCAAAUGAUAUCUCUAAAUUAGUGAAUACUACCUCUACUACUACUACGAGUACUACUACUACUAAUGAUAACUUGUUAACUAACAACGGCAACAAUAAUGAUAGUUACAAUGAUAACGAUAAUGAUGAUUUAUUUGGUGAUUUAGAGACAGCCCAACCUUCUGUCCAGAAAACCACAAUUUCUUCAAAUAAUAAUCAACAAAACACAGUAUCUGAAGAGAUUGAUUUAUUAAGCUUUUAA